UAAAAAUUUGCUUCUCCCGACAGCCUUUCCAACCUUCCUCUUCCCUUCCCUCAGCAAUCCCAUUCUUUUUCACCUGCCCACACCUCCAAUCAACCCGAGCGGUACUCUCUGCAACGUCUGCGGGCUCGAUUGAGAAGUCUGGUCGGCGCCUCGAAGAUGUGCUGAGGGCCUUCUUGGCCAGUUGGUUGUGACUUGUUUGGCCCUUCCGCUCCCAGCGAUUCGCGACGGCGAUUCCCCGACCAGCAUGGCUUCCUCCAACCAAGGUUCGCACCCUGUGCCUGGCAUGGAGGACUUUGUUGUCGGCAUCAUCGGCCUUGGUGAUAUGGGCAAGAUGUACGCCAAGAGGCUCAGCGCCGCUGGCUGGAGGUAGGGUCUUGGCUCGUUCUCAAUGCUUCGUUUACUGCCGAGUCAGCUUUAUCGCGGCCGCGGGCGAGAGUCGCGCUGUAUCGCUGCUCCUGAUCUACAGAUUGCACUUCAAGCAUAGCCGGCAGCGCCUAAGAGCUUGCUCGGCGUUUGUCCACUGCUUUUGUCAGUACUAACUAGUGAUAAUGAAUAAUAGAGUCCUAGCCUGUGAUAGGGAAGACAAAUUUGACAGCCUGCGGGAAGAAUUCUCGGGACAAAAUGUUGAAGUCCUACGCAAUGGGCAUCUGGUCUCACGAGCGAGCGACUACAUUGUCUACAGCGUGGAGGCGGCAUCCAUUGGCCGCGUUGUAGCCGAGUACGGCCCCUCCACCAAGCAGAAAGCCAUAGUUGGGGGACAGACGUCGUGCAAGGACCCAGAAGUCCGGGCUUUCGAGGAGCACCUUCCUAGCGACGUUGAAAUCGUCUUGUGCCACUCCCUUCACGGUCCGAGCGUAGACCCCAAGGGCCAGCCUCUGGUCUUGAUCCCCCACCGGGCAAGCGAUGCCUCCUUCGCAAAGGUGGAGGCGUUGCUCCGAUGCCUGGGCUCCAAGCACGUGGUGCUCUCGGCGCGGGAGCACGACCGCAUCACGGCCGACACGCAGGCCGUGACGCACGCGGCCUUCCUGUCCAUGGGCAAGGCCUGGCACGCGACGGCGCAGUUCCCGUGGGAGGGCGGCCGGUACGUGGGCGGGAUCGAGAACGCAAAGAUCAACCUGAUGCUGCGCAUCUACGCGCAAAAGUGGCACGUCUACGCCGGGCUCGCCAUCCUCAACCCCGAGGCGCGCGCGCAGAUCGACCAGUACGCCCGCUCGGCCACGGAGCUGUACAAGCUCAUGCUCGCGGGCCGCGCCGCCGAGCUGCGCGCCCGCGUCCUCGCCGCCCGCGACCGCGUCUUUGGCCGCGACGACAGCCCCAAGUGGGGCGCCCGGCCGCUGCUCCGGGACGGCCUGCUGGACCGCUUCAGCCUCGGGGCCGCCACCGGCGCCAGCGAGUCGCAGCAGCAACAGCAGCAGCUGCCCAACAACCACCUCAGCCUGCUGGCCAUGGUCGACUGCUGGAGCGCGCUGGGCAUCGUGCCGUACGACCACAUGAUCUGCUCGACGCCGCUGUUCCGGCUGUGGCUGGGCGUGGCGGAGCACCUCUUCCGCAGCCCGGCCCGGCUGGACGAGGCCCUGCGCAUCGCCGUCGAGGACAGCACCUUCCGCGCCGACGACCUCGAGUUCACCUUUGCCGCCAGGGGUUGGGCCGAGUGCGUCAGCCUCGGCCACUUCGACACGUGGCGCGAGCGCUUCGUCGUCACCCAGCGCUUCUUUGAGCCCCGCUUCGCCGACGCCACCAAGCUCGGCAACGAGAUGAUCAAGGCCGUUCUCGAGACGAGCGAGUGAUGCGGGAGAAGGACCUGGACUUGGGCAGAGGGACAGGGGAGGUACCGGUAGUAUUGUGACAUUGGUGUUUGUUCGAAUAUCCAUCCCACUGGUCCCAUUGCAGUUGGUCUUAUUUCAGACCACCUGGGCGCUAUUCGUUGGCAACAGUUGCGAAGAAAUGGGGUUCGUAGACGGUAGUAAAGCCACGGUAGUGCAGAAACCGGUCAGCUUGUUGGUAGGAAAACGAUAGUUAACCAAGAGGGAUCAAAAAGAAAAUCCACCCCCGUGCAGUGUUCUCACCCCAAUGCCUUUCUCUCCACCCCUGCAAUAGAGUA